UGUUUUUUCCCCCUCAGCAGAGGGCAGUAACACCUUUGACUUUACAGACCUGCACGUUUCUUCUUCCUCAUCUGCAGCCCACUUUGGAGUUUCAUGAAAGAAAUAAUGCAGCCGGGUUUUAUGAUGAAACACAAGCUUGUGCUAAGGAGGUUUAUUCACAGUCAUUAAAAGAAAAUACCACUGGUGACAGGGGCGUUUCUAGCAAUUGAGAAAAAUCUCGGGACUGAGUCAAGUUUUGUCUGGGACUUGACAUUUGUUUUUGAAAGAAGAUUGGCAUUAGGGCAAAAACACUCGGGACUAAGGCCCCGAGUGAUCGGACCUGAUGACGCCCAUGAUUGGGAAUGAUGGCACAAAAGGUAGCAGAAUGUUUUCACACAGUUCAUGCAUUUUGUGCUUCAUCCAUCUACCCUCUACCACUUAUCCUGGUUAAGAUCAUGGGGGGUCCUGGAGCCACAAGGCCAGGGUGCAGCCUAGAUAAGAUGUCAGUCCAUCACCAAGCACAUACACUGCAAAACCUGUAACUGGAUGUGUGAGGCAACAGUGCAACCUGUGGAUGCACUUUUUGUGCUUCCUUUGUAUUAUAAAUACAUGAUAGCCAGCCACUAUGGAUUAAUGCUCUUCAAAUCAAUGUUGUAAGGAUCAGCGGAGAGAUGGAGUGCUGUAACAGAUAAUCUGACCCCCGCAAUCCCGCAACGUCAACCCUAUAGAGCCAAGAGGAUCAUAGAGUAAGAGCAAGGUAGCUAAUUUGUGCCCAGAACACUGCAUGGUUGCAGUAUUUGAUGUUACUUCAUUGUCUUGAAGCCUUUUAUUGAAUAACAUAUAUAAAUAACACAACUGAAACAAAAAGAAAUGCACUAAAAGCAGGUGUGUCCAGACUUGUCCUGACUGGUACUGUAUAUCAGCAUCGAGAAAUGCAUACAAAUGUAGAUUAUUCACAUCCAAGAAUGUGAAUAUAACAUUUUUAUUAUAGUUUUUACAUUCAGUUUCUAUCCUUACCACAAACUUUCCUCAACAGUUAACAUUUUUUACAUUUAAGUGCUGUCUUCCAGGGUCGCCAACUUUGGUCAGCUGACUUGAGUGAGAUUUUCAGUUGGAGAGAAGUCUGCACACGCGUGCAUAUACAUUUACAUGGACGUAACAGUUUUAUUACGUUGUAAAUAGUGGCUAGGGGUUGCAAAUUACAGCAAAGCUCUUGAUGUAGCUAAGUUUAGAUUUGUAAUGCAAUAAUAUACAUUUUCCGCAAGAUUUCAUGCGAGAACGUGGGAGUCUGAAAGCGUGAGUGUCACGCCAGAUGCGUGAGGGUCGGCAGCCCUGGAGUCUCCAUUUCGACACACCUUUCAUCUCGGUAUCAGUAGCUGGGUUAUCUAUGGGCUGCCCCUGCGGAAGCGAAGAGAAUCUUAGCAGUUGUCGACUGUAAUUCAUAACCCAAACACUAUAUUUAAGAUUGCAUUGUUAAUUACAUUUAGCUCCAGUCAGUGGGCAAACUCUCGCGAUGCGCGCGAUACAUAUCGCGACUCAAUGCCCGCUUUGCGCGCACCGCUAAAACCGCGCGACAGGUGGUCACGUGGUGCUUUAAGUUCUUGCUGCUGCAUGAAAAACAGUGAUGGAUAAAACGGUGCCUGGGAAAAUGGAGCUUGUGGGAGUCACACACGUGGUGGACGCCAUUACAUUUUGGGCUCAGAAUGUCAACGACGACCCCGCUGUGGAGAGGAUGACCAGCAUUUUGUCGGCCAGAUGCCCUACAGCUCGGAGGCUGACGGGGAAUCCCAGUCCUCAGAAGCUAUAUGGGGCACUGUUUUCAGAAGACCGAUGCUGGUACAGGUGUAAGGUGCAGCACAAUAAUGAUGACAAGUUUACAGUGUGCUACAUUGAUUAUGGUAAUACGGAGCUCGUCAGCCGUUCAUCCUUGGUGGAGCUUCCAGAAGACCUUCAAAUGGGAUGUUUGGCUAAGAAGUACAAGUUUUGGGGUUUCCAUUUAAACAGUGAUGAAGACUCGCAGCAUUUUGUACAGGGAAAGAUCUUCUUGCGCAACCUGAUUUACGGCAAGAAAUUACGGAUUCAGAAGAAGUCUGUGUGCUUUGAUGGCACCGUCCUGGUCCACGCGUUUCAGGGGGACCUGGACAUCGGAGAGGAGGUGAUGAAGAUGAAGUUCGCCAAACUCAGUAUCCCCGGUUGUAGAGAGGGCUCCAACCCGACCUGGCAGGACCCUCUGGGGCCGUGGGGCCCCCGGACCCCAGAGCACGCCUCCCAGGGGGAUACUGUGCAGGCAGGCUCCCAAGUCCUCAUUCCCAAACCACGUCCUACCUUUCCAGAACAUGUGCCUCAGGCGCUAAAGGAGAAGAGCACGACCACGGCCCUGCAGCCUGCCAGCCUGCUGAAGAAGAAGCUGGACCAGGAGCUUAUGGAGGAGAAUGAACGGCUGAAGGAGGAGAAGAGCGCGCAGUAUCGUAGCGCCUUGCUCCUUGGGAAGGAGCUGACAGAGGCUCAGGUGGAGCUGCAGAGGAUGAAGGACAGCAGGCUGAGGGAUGCCAUAGAGAUACAGAAGCUGAAGGAGGAGAACGGCGUUCUCCGGCAGAAGGCUGACGAGCUCGGGAGGCAGCUGCGGGACGUCCAGCAGGAGCUGCAGGCGACGAAGCAGCAGGUGACUGACAGCGUGGAGGCAGCAGACAAGCGUCUGGAGAGCGCGGUGGGGGACAAGCUGGGUCAGCUGGCACAGAAGGUGGAGUCCUUAAGGGGUGUGAGAGAGGCACGCUCCCGUGGCACCUUCAGGGACAGCCUGCUGGAGGCCAUCGACAUAGUGGCACACAAUGGCAUCUCCUCUCCCGCGUCUUUGGAAAAGCUGGAGGCUGUGUGGAAGGAAUACGACCUGGCGCAGGAUAUGGUGAAGGCCUGUCGCGAGAUAGAAGACCUGGAAGAAUUGAUCGCGAAGAGGAAUGGUGUGAGGGGAACGUUGGCGGUGGCUGUGGACGACUUUAUUCAGGAAGUGGACGGGUUGCCCAUCAGCAAACGAAUGGACACUCUUGAGGCAGUGGGCGCCUCUCUUACUGCGGUGUUUGGUUCCUUCUCGAUGGAGGGAGCCGGAGACGAGACCUUCGAACGGUUCAGACAGUGGAACAGUCAGAAACAGCAGGAGACCCGGGCGGUGGAGGAGGAGACUGACGAAACACUGAAGUUCCUGUGUUCCUGGUUUGAGAAGAUGGUCAAGUUUUUCAGUCUGUCGAGCGAGUUGCCGAUACCCCUGAGUGUCAUGACCAUGGGCGUAGACAGCCUCCUGCAGAGGGCGGAGCUGAACCUCUGCCGGGAGCUGGACGUCUCGCUCGCCGAGCAGAACAGUCGGGACAUGGAGAUAGUGUCAAGCGCCUUUCACAGUGUGAUGCAGAGGAUCGGGAAGGAGCAGAGUCUUCUGAGGGCUGUGCGGGAGAAAUACCUUCUUAACUCGCAGUUUAAGGAAGAGGUCCUCCGGUGGCAGGACGACACUCCGAAGGCCGACGAGCUGUUCUCCAUCAAGAAGCACAUCAAGAACUUGAGGUCACAGCUGCGCUGGAGGCUGGUGGAGCAGGGCAGCCUGGAGGAGGCAGAAGAGGUGGACCUCCUGGAGGUUGAAAAGAAAAAAACGCAGAUUGAACAGACCAGGAACGCCCUUUUCCAGGAGAUUGGUCUGGAGAAGGAGGAAUAUAAGAGGCUGGCUGCCCUGGCCAAGGGCGGCUUCCCCGAGCUGCCGCUGCUCUACCACGCCGCAGACCUCCUCAGCUUCAUGAAUUCUGAGGGACUGGUGGUAAAGAGCCUUGACCGGGACCUUUUUGCCAGCGUGCCCCUGCGAGAGCUGAGUUCCAGGAGACCCCUCGUGUGCACAGAGUUCCAAGGCCAGCAAGUUGUCCUUAAGGGUUACUCUGUCGAUGCCCAGUCAGAGGUGAGAACGGUGGAGAGAGCCACCCAGUACUACAGAGCGAGUAUGUUUGGUGAGGAGCAGACAGGACUGCUCCCCCUGUUGGCGCUGUUUUUUGGCAAGUCAGACCCCAUGGCCUACGUCAUGGUGCCGUACGUUUCCUGUGGCAUGUUGCAGCUCGUGCAGAACUCCAGCCCUCUUAACACUUCCGAGAUCGCGGCCGUCAUGAGAGGUGUGGCUCUGGGGCUGCAGACGCUGCACGGGUCAGGCGUCAUUCACGGCUCGCUGCACCCCAGCAACGUGUUCGUCCUCCGGCGGGAGCGCGGGCUGCUGGGAGAUUUCGAUUUCACCAAGGACCCGGACCAACGUGUUGCUGACCCCAGGAUGCUGGCCGGGGCCCUCAGCCUGGUCGCCCCAGAGGUCGCUCAAGGAGAGCCCCCCUCCCCCGCCUGCGACGUGUACGCUUUGGGCUGUCUGCUGUUGUGGCUGCACUUUCCAGAGGUCAAGUUUGCACUGAAGCCUGAUGGAUGCCUAGCUGAUACGAGUGAAAUGAAAUUGGACCCCAGGCUGCGGAUUCUGCUGCCCCAGCUUUUGUGCUCCUCUUCGCGGAGAUUAGCGGCAUCUGAUGUCCUGUCACAUGACUACUUCUCCAGCCAAUGAUGUCUGCUGGUGGUUCUCAAGUCGUCAAGGUUAUGAUGGAAGGCUGUACGUGACCUAAGAAGAGUUUGACAGUUGGACAUGUGGAAAUGCUCCAGUUCAUUAGGACGUUUUCCUUUUCGAUUUCAAAUUUUCCUGCAGAUUGGAACAGUUUUGCCUGUUGUGUUUUUUUUUUUUUUUAAUAGAGAAAUGCACAAGAAUUUGUUCCGUUUAUUGGUCUGUGUUCCGACAGCUGUUUAAAACCAGUAAAGUGAGUUUUUCCUCCUUAAUCCAAGAAUCUGUCCUGUAUAUUGUUGCUCUGACAACGUCAAUAAACACUAACAGCAAAAGAAUUUCUCGGCACCUAAUAAAAUAUGGACCUAUAAUUCAUAGACUGCAGCUCUUCUCCAAGUAAGAGUGAUUGGUAGGAAUGAUGCUUCAAAACACAUUGUUAGUGGGUUUUGUUUUUUUUGCUUGUCAGUCAACCCAUUUAGCCAUUUUCUGAUUGGCUACUUUAUCAUCUCACCCUCAGUUAAACCAAUGUGAAGUGAUUCUGCCCCCUUGUUUUCCAAGCUUUCUAUUCUGCCUCCCUCUAACUACAAACUUUAGAAGUUUAUGCAUUCAGACUCCAACUAUUAUUAUUUCAGUACCAAAAGUUGGCCACCAUAAGGAACACAGUCA